UAAUAAACAUGCUGUUCCCUUAGCAUUGUCAUCUAAUAAUCAAUCUGGAAUUCGAAUGAAACAUAUUUUUGUAUGAUGGAAGCAUUAAAUGCAUCUUCAGGAAGUGGAAGAUUUGAUCACCAUGAAGAAAAAGGGAUAUUUGAAUACUUUGGUUGGGUUUACCAUCUGGGUGUUCAUUCUAUGGGCUCUGAUUAUCACCAUCUCCGAUUUUUAUUUGUUAAGGGAAAAUGUGUUGCCAUGUACAAGCGUGAUCCCCAUGAAAAUCCAGGCAUUAAACCUAUAAGACUAGGGGUUGUAGGGCCCACACUAAUGGUGGAGAAUCUAGGGCAACGAAGGAUUGCUAAUAUGGAUCUUUACGUAAUAAGGAUUUCCAAUCGCUUAGACGAUUCGAAAAAAGGAGAUAUCGCUUGUGCUACAGCGACAGAAGCUCAGAGAUGGAUGGAAGCAUUUAAUCAUGCAAAGCAACAGGCUGAAAAUGACUUGUCAAGCGGAGGCGAUCCUAGAGAGAAACUAAAUCAAGAGGAGCUCGAUCUCGAUCAUCGCAAUCGACAUAGUGUGAAGCGAUUUGGCUCUGGAUUAAGAAAGCUUAUAAGAAUUGGACAAGGCCCAGAGAUACUUUCACGACAAUCAUCAAGAACAAGAACAAGAAGUUUUAGUUUUGACGGAUUUGAUAAGGAUCAAGAUGUAUUUGAAGAACAUCAAUGGAAGUGUGUUCGUACCAUGUCCGGCGUUAGAAUUUUUGAGGACCUCACGAAUUACAAGAUUAAUAAAAGUGUCUUAGCAAAAUCGGUUGCUGUCAUUGAUACAAGUGCAGAAAAUGUGUUAGAAGUGUUUCUAAGCAUUGAACGAGAGAAAAGAUAUGAGUGGGAUAUGUUGAUGUGUGACAUAGAGUUGGUUGAAUCUUUUGAUGGACAUUAUGAUGUUCUUUACGGAACAUAUGAUCCUAAGUAUCUUACUCGGUGGAAUUCAAAGCGAGAUUUUAUCUUCUCUAGGCAAUGGUUUCGUGGACAAGAUGGCAAUUACACAAUCUUGCAGUUGCCAGCUACUCAUAAGAAAAAGCCUCCAAGAUCAGGGUAUCGACGUACAAAAAUUAAUCCAUCUACAUGGGAGAUUAGAAAUUUGAACACUCCUAUGGGAGUAGAUAGACAAAAAUGUUUAGUCACUCAUACAUUAGAGAUACACUCUGUAUCUUGGUUUCAUUGGAAGAACAACAACCAAAACUCGAAAUUCGAGAGAAGUAUUCCUUAUGCUUUAUUGUGCCAAGUAGCAGGUCUGAAGGAAUAUAUUGGAGCCAAUCCAUCAAUUCAACAAAAAAAUGCGACGAGUGCUCGUCAUGCCAAUAUCGCAAAAUCUCCUGUUUCUAGUGCUAAGUAUGAAGAUGAUGACGUGCAGGAUGAGUUCUACGAUGCAAUUACUGCAUAUUCAUCAGAUGAAGAAACUUAUGAUGACCAGGAGCGCAAAGCCAAACCAAACAAUGCUUCACCACACACAGCUUCAAAUAAAAUUUCAGUUCCAGCUCCAGAGAUAAUGAGAGAAUUGGAUACUACUUUAGAUCCUAUCCCACUUGAUGUGAGUGGUGUUCAUGGUUCUUUACGAAAAGGGAAUGAUGACAAGGACACUGACUGUUGGACUUGUCCUAGUUGUGAAGGAUUUAAGAUUAGAGGAAAGAAUUAUUUAAAAGAUAAUACAAAGAUAGUUGGUGGGGAUCCGCUUCUCAAGCUCAUAGCUGUUGAUUGGUUAAAAGUUGACAAAGCUAUGGAUAGAGUUGCAUUGCACCCUAAAUGCUUAGUUCAGUUAGAAGAAGGAAAAAAGCUUCCUUUUAUUCUUGUAUUCAAUCUACAGGUUCCAGCAAAACCAAACUACAGUUUGGUUCUAUAUUACGCAUCUGAUAGGCCAAUAAAAGAAGAUUCUCUAUUGGCUAAGUUUGUCGAUGGAAGUGAUGCAUUUCGUGAUUCAAGAUUCAAACUAAUUCCAAGUAUAGUUGAGGGAUACUGGAUGGUAAAGCGAGCUGUAGGAACAAAAGCUUGCUUGUUGGGCAAAGCUGUCACAUGUAAAUACCAUCGACAAGAUAAUUUUUUAGAGAUAGAUUUGGAUAUUGGAUCCUCUUCAGUAGCUAGGCGUGUGAUUGGACUUGUCAUGGGAUAUGUCACAAGCCUAGUGGUUGACCUUGCCAUUUUGAUAGAGACAUUUAUCUAA